AUGUCUCAAUCCUCCGUCAAAUUCACCUCCCUCGGCGCCAUCAUCCAGGAACUCAACGUCGCCGGCCAAAACAUCGUCCUGGGCUUCUCCAAAAAGGAACACUACGAGAAAUAUAACACGCCCUGGUUCGGCGCCACGAUCGGCCGCGUCGCCAACCGCAUCAGAGACGGCAAGAUCAACAGCCUCAACAACCAAUCGUACGAGCUGGAGACCAACGAUGCGCCUAAUGCCUUGCACGGUGGUAGUCAGGGGUGGGGACGACGAGACUUUGAGGGUCCCUAUUUGGUGCGCCGCAACGGGAAAGAUGCCCUGCUGUAUACCUACCGGAGCGAGCACCUCGAGGCUGGAUAUCCCGGGACGGUGGAGUUGAGGGUCUUUUAUACGACGGAUGAGGAGGUCGAGGGGGGCGUUACUCGCACGGUGUUGGCCAUGGAAUAUGAAGUUGAAUUGGUGGGGGAUGAGGUUGAUGAGACGGUGAUCAACGUGACCAACCACAGGUAA